GAUAUUAACUACAGUUAUAUUAAUCAGAUGGAUAGAUUGCAAAAUUUUUCUCCAAUUGUAUAGGUUGUCUGUUCACUCUGAUUAUAGUUUAUUUUGACGUACAGAAGCUUUUUAGUUAAAUCUCAUUCAUCAGUUUUUGUUUGGGUUGCACUUGCUUUUGGUGUUUUCGUCAUGAAAUCUUUGCCCAUACCUAUAUCCUGAAUGUUACUGCCUAGAUUUUCUUCUAGGGUGUUUAUAGUUUUGGGUUUUAUAUUUAAGUCUUUAAUCUAUCUUAAGUUAAUUUCUUUAUGUGAUGUAAGGAAGGGGUCCAAUUUCAAUUUCCUGCAUAUGACUGGCCAGUUCUUCCAGCACCAUUUAUUAAAUAGGAAGUCCUUUUCUCAUUGCUUGUUUUUGUCAGGUUUGUUGAAGUUCAGAUGGUUGUGUUAUGGGAUCUUUGGGGUUUCAAUUUUUGGACACCUCUGUGGCCAGUGUUCCCUUUGCCUGAGUUCUUGUCCUGCAUGCAGGAAGAAUGAGGUAGAAUGAGGUAUGCAGAAAAAUGAAGGGUGAAGAAGAUGAACAGGAGCUUUAUUUAGUGUCAGAACCACUCAGAGGAGACCUGUACGUGUAGCUCCCCUCUGUAGGCAGGCAGGCCAUCCAUUGAGUGUUCAUCUGUUAUCAGAGAGGAGGCCCUGGAGAGGGUAGUUCCUCUUUGCAGGUAGGUCAUUUGGGGGUCUCUGCAGGUCUCUGAAACUCUCAGCAGAGAGGGUAGGUCCUCUCUGCAGUUGGCCAUCCUGUUCGGUUGUCUGCUCAGCUCUGGCUGACUCUGGGGCUUUUAUGUGUCUCAGAGGGGAGGAAGUGGGUGCAGAUUGGCCCAUGGGCGGGCCUGGAAAAGGUACCAGUUUCCACUCAGGUCUGUGGGACUGGCAGCCCAGCCCCCAGCCCACAGGCCCUCGUUGGCCUGAAGGAGGGAACUUAACAGGGAUCCACCUCCUUCCACCUGGGACUCUGUCUGCCUCCUGCUGCUGUUCAUGGCACUCAGGCUCCGCCAGACUUUGCUCUAUGAUUUUAGGGGUUGCAGACAGCAGGGAGAAGCCAGGCAGUAGGGGCAGGCACAUCCUGGUUGGUAUGGUGUGGCUCCUGCCUGCUCCCAGCUCCCCAAGAGCACAGGGAGGCUCUACUUGGAUGGCUGCAGCCCCACCCAGGAGGGCAGGGUUCCUGCCUGCUCCUUGGAGCAUACAGCCCCAGCCACACCUCCCCACUGCACAAGUGAUGUCAGGCCAACUGAUGCAGCUGCCACCAUCAAUUAUAGGUGUGUGGUCUUAUUUCUGAGUUCUCUAUUCUGUUCCAUUGGACUAUGUGUCUGUUCUUGUACCAGUGUUGUGCUCUUUUGGUUAUGCUAGCCUUGUAGUAUAGUUUGAAGUUGGGUAGCGUAAUGUCUCAGCUUUGUUCUUUUUGCUUAAGAUUGUCACACUUACUGAUUUGCCUAUGUUGAACCAACCUUGCAUCCCAGGGAUGAAACCAACUUGAUCAUGGUGGAUAAGCUUUCUGAUUGUGCUGCUGGAUUUGGUUUGCCAGCAUUUUAUUGAGGAUUUUUGCAUCAAUGUUCAUCAAGGAUAUUGGCCUGAAGUUUUCUUUUUUUGUUAUAUCUCUGCAAGGUUUAGGUAUCAGGAUGAUGCUGGCCUCAUAGAAUGAGUUAGCGAGGAGUCCUUCAGUUUCAGUAUUUUAGAAUAGUUUCAGUAGGAAUAGUAUCAGCUCUUCUUUGUACCGCUGGUAGAAUUCAGCUGUGAAUCCAUCUGGUCCUGAGCUUUUUUUGGUGGGUAGGCUAUUUAUUACUGCCUCAAUUUCAGAACUCAUUAUUGGUCUAUUCAGUGAUUCAGUUUCUUCCUGGUUCAGUCUCAGGAGGGUGUAUGUUUGACCAUGUAUUUAUGCAAAUGAUACAACAUUUGUUUAGCAUCUUUGGAGCUCCUUUUUCUAACAUUGCCUUCAGUUCUUUUAAAUAUUUCCAAGGGUAGCAAAUCUUCCUUUGAAGGUGAAUUUGAUUUUUGAAAAUAGCCAAAAAUAAUUUGUAUCCAUAGUCACUGAAUAUUAAUUAAUCAAUCCCAAACAUCUUGAUUGAGUGUCUUUUAUGUCUCAACCCCUAAGGAAAAAAGAAUGAAAUAAUCAGUUUCUGCUUUCAGAGUGUGGGGGAAUGGUUGAUACACAAAACUGGUGCAGAUGGCACAUCAAAAGUCUAAGGGAUUUAUCAGGGAGAUGUAGAACAGAGCAGGGGCUCUCAGCCAUGGAGAAUCAUUCACAAAAUUAAUAAUUUUAGUAAAGGAAAGGCAGUAAAAAUAAGCUUGUCUAUAAGUUAGUGAAAUGACUUUCUUUUUAUAAAUUGUGAACUGGCUUAAACACGAUUUCAAAGCAGAUAUUCUGAAAAUGCUAUAAGUUGUGGGGUAUCAUAGAACUUCUCUCAAGAUGACUAUUUGAAGAGAACACAGUUAAAAAUAUAUAUUCUGGGUUACAGAGUGGAGAGAAUGAGGAGGCUGCGUCUGGCUCCCGCUCUCACAGCCAUUGCAGUACAUUGAGCUCCAUAGAGACAGCGCCGGGGCAAAUGAGAGCCGGAUGGGCACUGGGCGACUCUGUGCCUCGCUGAGGAAAAAUAACUAAACAUGGGCAAAGGAGAUCCUAAGAAGCCGAGAGGCAAAAUGUCAUCAUAUGCAUUUUUUGUGCAAACUUGUCGGGAGGAGCAUAAGAAGAAGCACCCAGAUGCUUCAGUCAACUUCUCAGAGUUUUCCAAGAAGUGCUCAGAGAGGUGGAAGACCAUGUCUGCUAAAGAGAAAGGAAAAUUUGAAGAUAUGGCAAAGGCGGAUAAGGCCCGUUAUAAGAAGGAAAUGAAAACCUAUAUUCCUCCUAAAGGGGAGACAAAAAAGAAGUUCAAGGAUCCCAAUGCACCCAAGAGGCCUCCUUCGGCCUUUUUCCUGUUCUGCUCUGAGUAUCGCCCAAAAAUUAAAGGAGAACAUCCUGGCCUGUCCAUUGGUGAUGUUGCGAAGAAACUGGGAGAGAUAUGGAAUAACACUGCUGCAGAUGACAAGCAGCAUUAUGAAAAGAAGGCUGCGAAGCUGAAGGAAAAAUAUGAAAAGGAUAUUGCUGCAUAUCGAGCUAAAGGAAAGCCUGAUGCAGCCAAAAAGGGAGUUGUCAAGGCUGAAAAAAGCAAGAAAAAGAAGGAAGAGGAGGAAGAUGAGGAAGAUGAAGAGGAUGAGGAGGAAGAGGAAGAUGAAAAAGAUGAAGAUGAAGAAGAUGAUGAUGAUGAAUAAGUUGGUUCUAGCGCAGUUUUGUUUUCUUGUCUAUAAAGCAUUUAACCCCCCUGUACACAACUCACUCCUUUAAAGAAAAAAAUUGAAAUGUAAGGCUGUGUAAGAUUUGUUUUUAAACUGUACAGUGUCUUUUUUUGUAUAGUUAACACACUACCGAAUGUGUCUUUAGAUAGCCCUGUCCUGGUGGUAUUUUCAAUAGCCACUAACCUUGCCUGGUACAGUAUGGGGGUUGUAAAUUGGCAUGGAAAUUUAAAGCAGGUUCUUGUUGGUGCACAGCACAAAUUAGUUAUAUAUAGGGAUGGUAGUUUUUUCAUCUUCAGUUGUCUCUGAUGCAGUUUAUACGAAAUAAUUGUUGUUCUGUUAACUGAAUACCACUCUGUAAUUGCAAAAAAAAAAAAAAGUUGCAGCUGUUUUGUUGACAUUCUGAAUGCUUCUAAGUAAAUACAAUUUUUUUUAUUAGUAUUGUUGUCCUUUU